GAUGUCGAGUACCCCACUGCACGUCAGCUUUUUCAUAAAAAUGUUACCGGUUUGGUACAUACUGUCGUUUUUGAUCGCCGCGAUUUCUGCCCAAGAUAUAUGGAAUGACGAUUCCGAACUGUCAUGGCCCGAAAAAUACACUGUGGAGGCAAUUCGGAUCUCUCUUACUGCAGGGCUCGUUGAAAACCACAAAGCCUGGAGAACAAAUGUGUCGUCGCGAAUUGACUACAACAAUGGUGUUGUAAAGUCCAUCACUAAAGAAAACUCUCCGAAUUUUAAUAAAUAUGAGAUCCAUCCUGAGUUCACGAAAAACUCAUCUAACGUUGUGAAGUGUAACGCAGCGGAACUCGACCCCAGUUGGCAGUCGGUAUCACUAGAACAAAUUCUGCCUGAUACAGAUGACUUCGAGUUUGUCGACCUGGAUCCUGUCAAUGACAAAGAUACUUGGAAAUUUUUCAAAAAGGAAUCACUAGAAGGAAGUGACAUUAGAAGAACCGUGUGGGCAGAGUUUGACAAUGAAACAGAAGUUUGGAUUCCAGUCAGAUAUGAAGUGUAUGAAUACAACGAGUGGUUGGGUUUCUUGAGCAAACACGAUAUUUGGGAUUUCUUUGAAUUCUCCAUUGAUUUCGACGAAGAUGUUUUUGAAACCGAUGAUUAUGGUUGCGAUGAAGAAUACACAAUGCAUGAGAUGAACAGUGAGUCGGUGACCAAACACUUAAUGUUCAUCGAUCCUGAAAACGAUAAACACGUCGAUCAUGUUUUCAACGCGUUCAAAAGCAAACACAAUAAAGUAUACAAAGAUAAUAUUGACCACGCUAAGAGGAAAAACAUAUUCCAAAAUAAAAUGAGGUUAAUAAGAGCCACAAACCGCAAGAAUCUUGGCUACAAACUUGCUGUAAAUCAGUUCGCUGAUCGCACUCCUGAGGAGAUGAAGAGAUACAAAGGGUUAUUGAGACGUCCUGAAGGAAAAACUGGCAAUAUUGCCUUUCCGUACAAGGAUUCUGACAUUAAAAAUAUAGAAACUGAUCUACCUGAUGAGUACGACGCAAGGCUAUUGGGAUUAGUAUCCGCGGUUAAAAAUCAGGAUAAUUGCGGUUCCUGUUGGACAUUCGGCACCACCGCCGCCGUGGAGGGAGCUCUUGCACAACAUAACGGGGGGAAACUUCUAAGCCUGAGCAACCAGGCACUAAUUGACUGCGCUUGGCCUUUUGGUGUACGCGGCUGUGAAGGAGGCAGUGACAACGCAGCGUAUGAGUGGAUGAUGGAAUACGGCUUACCCACUGAAGCGGAGUACGGACCCUACCUUAACAGGGAUAACUACUGCCACAUCGAUAAUGUGACAGUGAAAUACCCAAUCAAAGGCUUCACUGAUGUUACACCAUACAGUGUCGGGGCGCUGAAGGUUGCGCUGGUGAACCACGGCCCGCUGUCAGUGUCUGUCCACGCAAGUGAGGCGUUCACACUGUAUUCCGGAGGUAUAUUCUACGACACAGAAUGCGAUCCUACAAGUUUAGACCAUGAAGUGGCACUGGUGGGAUAUGGAACGCGAGACGAAGAUACAUUCUGGAUCCUGAAGAACUCCUGGGGACCCAUGUGGGGAAUCGAUGGAUACAUGCUAAUAUCUUCGAGGGACAACAACUGCGGUGUUGCCACUGAACCUACUUACGUGAAUUUUUGAUAAAGGAUAUUGACAGUAUUGGCAAAGUUAGGAAUUUAAAGACUAUCAAAUAAUGACAACAUUGCCAACUACUAUUGUAUUGUAUUAAUGACCUGAGUGACGCACGGAAUGACGAAAAUAUUUUAGAUUUAAUUAUUAUGCAGCAUGAUUUCAACAAGCACGUGGAGUUUAAAUUAAAUUUGUAUGCAUA